AUGUUCACCAUUAUAGAGUGUUGUAACGAGAAAUGUGAAGAAUCAGUACUUAAAAAAGAUUUACCAAAACACAUGGAAAAAUGUAAAGCCAAAGUUAUCGACCGUGAAAGAUGUAAAUGUAAAGUUCAGUUAGGUACUUUAGAG